AGCAGUCGCCUUCACUCCUCCUCUUGAGCCGGUAUCCAAAGAAUCGCCCAAUCAGAUUCCUCGAUCUCUGCUUCUUUCCUCGUUCCAAAGUUCCAAAAAUAGCUAGACCCCAGUUCCCAUCUAAUUCCACAGAAUCCGAGAUCCACCGAAAUCUGCGCUUCGUGCGGCUGGAAACGUUCGUUUUGCGUGCUAUUAUUUCUAAUAUUUACUUACGUCGCGAACGGUAAUCACAUAAUUAAUUACUAAGAUUUUUCAUCGCAGUUUUCGAUUUCUUUAUUCGCGUCUGUGUGCCGAGAUUAAUUUGUCUUCGAUUCUAUGUGUGAGUGAGUGAGGUGCAAUAUAAUUUCUUGUGUUUGCGCGGAGGAGUGCGGGCAAGUCGUUGCGAGACCUUGAAGACUUAUUUUCCUUGUUUUAUUUAUAUAAUUAACCCGCUGAAAUGGAUAUAUUCAACUCCCAGCUUUUCGGACCAUCCGUGGAGCCGGGCGGUCCAGCUAGCAAGAAUAACUGACCUUACAAAAGGCGGAAAAGCCGAACCUAUGGAGAACGGUCCAGAGUUGGUCCUCCGAUAAAAAAAGCUCCCACUUUCAACGCGCCCCCAGGAGCCAUCGACAAUGGCGGCUCCAAGGAAGGUCUCGUUCUCGAAGACCAAGUACGGGAAGGAUCUGGUGCAGUUGGACGGUUACGAGUACCGGAAAUUACGGGAGAGCAAGGGCGGUGUGAGGACUUGGCUGUGCGUCAAGGAGAAGUCCGGCGAGACCAAGUGUCACGGAUCCAUCAAAACGGAGGGAGAAUUUUACGUCGAGGGUAGUUUAAGGGAUCACUGCCACGCGCCGUCGGAUAUCGAACUCGAGAUCCGGAAGACGAUCGAAAAUUGCAAGCGGAGGGCCAGGGAAGACCAUCGCGUCCCGGUACACCAAGUUUUUAACGAGGAAUUUACGGAUUUGAAAGAGCGCGGUGCAGAGGUUUUGACAGCCCUCCCGAAGUAUGCUAACGCUAAGACGCAGCUGUGCUCCAUGAGACGGGCGUCUUUGGGAACAAAACAAAAUAAGACCUCCAGCAGCGUUUCAACUGAUUUUGAUGGAACGAAACGCUUACCGAAUUCGGUCGAGGUGAUCACCGAUGACCUGCGGAACCAGGAGGAAGCGGCGCUACCCCAGGUGGAACCGAUGAACAUCCAGCCGAGCGCGCAGCCGGGGGAGCUGGGCGCGGACUUGGGGAACCUGGGGGGUCAGGGGGCCCCGCCCGGGAUCAGCAUCCAGAUCGUGGAGCAGCCGGCCUCGCAGGAGGUCCGCUUCCGCUACGAGUGCGAGGGCCGCUCCGCCGGCAGCAUCCCCGGCGUCAACAGCACCCCCGAGAACAAGACUUACCCUACCGUCAAGAUAAAUGGUUAUCGAGGCCGUGUUGUAGUCGUCGUUUCUUGCGUCACAAAGGACUAUCCUCACAAGGCUCAUCCGCACAAACUCGUCGGCAAAGAGGGUUGUAAGCGUGGAAUUUGCACGGUGGAAGUAAACAAUGAAUCAAUGACUGCCAGCUUCCCGAAUUUAGGAAUCCAGUGUAUUAAAAGAAAAGACAUGGUUGCUGCUCUCGAAGAACGGGAAAAAAUCAAAGUGGAUCCUUUCAGGAUGGGAUUCUCUCACAAAAAUCAAGUUAAUACAAUAGACUUAAAUGUGGUGAGGUUUUGUUUCCAAGCAUUUUUUAGAACAAAUCAAUGGGUGACGAUACCACCCGUAGUCUCGGAGCCAAUUUAUGAUAAAAAGGCUAUGUCAAACCUGCAAAUCUGUAGAAUAUGUCCUCCUUCAGCAUCUGUACUUGGUGGUACCGAAGUCAUUCUUACAUGUGAAAAAGUCACAAGAGAUGAUAUUGAAAUUUGGAUCUAUGAAAAAAAUAGUUCAGGAGAGAUUGUUUGGGAAGAAAAGACUGAGUUCCAACCACAAGAUGUGCAUCACCAAUACGCCAUUGCCUUCAGGUUGCCCACGUACAAAUCUCUUGAGGUCGAGAAUCCUGUACAAGCAUAUCUUGAACUAAGGCGACCAUCCGAUCAAGCAUCUAGUGUUCCAAGGCCGUUUCAACUCACACCCUUAGACGCAGAUCCAGUCCAUUUGAAACGUAAAAGACGUAGACAACAGUCUACUGACUCUAAGCUUUCGGAUAGUAGUUUUUAUAGAGGAUCUGCAACACCAGGAACAAACACAGGUGGAAUACCAAAUCUCACCAUCAAACGAGAACCAGAGUUCAGCCCUGUCUACAAUCCCGGUUAUCCCAACGUUCAAUCUCCAUCACUGUACGCUGCAAGCGCGUCCCGGUCUCCGUCCAUCUAUGCUCCCAGCACAUCCCGUACCCCAUCCCCAGGAAUGGAUUAUCAUCACUCUCCAGGAUCUCAAAACUUUGGGAUGGCCCCUGGCUCACAUAUGAUGGAUGGCGUCAUGAACGAUCAACCCAGUGCAGUCAUUAAUGAAACGAUCAACGCCUCUCAUGUCUCUGCUACACUUCACUAUGCAGGCGGCCAGAUGUACACAAAUCCAGAGCCUCAGAAUGACUUCAGUGCCAGCGCGGCUCUUAACAACCUCAGAGGAAUGAACCCUUCCUUCCCUGACUAUACGCCACUUUCCAGGGUCACUGGCCAGAACGUUUAUAACAUCGAAUCACAAAAUACAAACUAUGUGAACCUUGACACGCCGACCCAGGGCGUAGAAAAUAGUAUCUCUUCGUUACCCGAGAGUAUCUCAAAUAUCAAUUUAUCAGACUACAUUCCGAAUCGAAUGACGGAUUCAACCAACAGUAUGAUGGAUAGUUUUAGUAAGUACCUGAAUUCCACAAUACAGGAACUUCCAGAUGUUGAUAAUAAUAACCAGGGCUAGCAAGCGAUUUUAUCUAAUUUCGCCACGUUACCUGAAGUAAAGCUUAUGUAAUUUUAAAUGCCCAUAUUGUAAAUGAUAUGUUCGGCUCCUUUUGGAAUCAUUCCUGUCUUGGUUGAUAAUGAAAAUGAAGACAGUAGUCAAUGGCCGGGCUCCAAAAAUGCAUACCGCAGUUGGCAAUAAUUCCAUCGUACUUUAUUUUCAAAUAAAAAACAAUCAACAUCCUCUUUCAAAAAUUUCUGUGAUUUCUUCUUCAGAACGAAGCAUUUCCUUAGAAAAUUUUUAGCAACAUCCUUGAUAUGUUUCUCUUUGAAAAAUAAUAAAACCAGUAUAAAAAUAUUGUUUACAGUAACCAGAAUAAAAAAAAAAAAUAUUGAGGUAUGCAUUUUAUUAGUGUAGUCUUUGUCGUAUUCUAUUACAUAUAUCUACAAGAAUCUAGUUCAGCUGUUGAUUGAUGAAGGUAGAUAUUCAAGGAUUAGUCAGAAACUUGAGUUAAUCAUUCAAUAAACACAAUAUUCCCUUAUCAUUUUGAAUCCUCAUAAAAAAUUUGUUUCCCCCUUUAAAUAUAGCAUCAGUUUUUUAUCGUUGAUGUACAUAAUUAGAGCUUUUACGUCAUUUUUGACAAAUAACCAGUGAACUUUUGUCGGAGAAAUCCCUUGUUUUCCUUAUUAAAGAUUAAUUUUAACAAAUGUGCACUCUGCUGAGUGAUCCAUUUUCUCACAUGAUAGUUUUUAUUAGUGGCAAUCUGUUUACUCAGCUUUAUUUAGAUCUGAGGAUGGCUAAUUCCUUCCACUGUGCGAAAAUUUGGUGUUUUCAUGUAAAAUAAUCGUAACAGUUUUUCUCACCCUUAUGCCAAGAAUCUUAGAAUCAAUUUUUGGAGAUAAUUUAAAAACUCCUAGACUCAUAUCAAGUGUGAUGGUAUGGAACCCAUUUUCAUCGUGUUUAUGGCAGCCUGGUUAAGCUGAUACAAUGAAUUUCCUGUCAGAUUUAAUUUUUUUUCUUUUCUCUCUCUAAUUGUUCUGCGUCUUUAUGGUAAAAUUUUGUAUUUAGGUGCUUCCAGACAAUGAACCUGGCUUACUCCAGGAUAGAAAUUUUACGCUACAAAUGAUUUUUUUUAUUAACAGUUUUUGCAAGUUCAAAUGUUUAGCCUUCUUUCCCCCCUCUAAAGUCUAAAGAGGACACUUUGGGUGGUUUUUUUCUCCCUGUAUCUUAAACGGUUCCCUGAUAACUUUUUUUGUGACUGGAAUUAUGUCUAAAGUGAGAAUCUGUGUUGAAUGAAAGAUUCUGAUCAGUAUUUUUGAAUAUCUUUGACUAUAUACAUUACUUUUGAGUCAAAAAUCCCAAAAUAUGUGCUUAUUUGAACUUAUGUUCAAGUUUUUCAGUUUAAAGUUGUAAAUUUUGUAUAUUUUUAGAGAUUAUAUAAUAGUGAAUUUUGUUCUCCUGUUUUAAAAUUAGUGCGGCAACAUAAUAAUAAACCAGUC